AUGAAUUUCAAUCAACCCGGAGGAGGUGCUGAAGAGAACCUUAAAUACCCCAGUCGUUCAAAGCAGGAUGAAGUGUCCUACGAAGUAUCGAUGGGAGACGGCUACACGACUGAGAUGGUGACGGACCCGAACGCUGCCACCCCCGAGCAGACGCAGGCGGAGAACGAAACGGUGGCUACGCAGUCGAACGGGUACGACCACGGCAUGUACUACGAUCCAUCAUCCUAUCUGCACUACUACUACCAGGGCGACGAUGGCAACUACUAUUACUACACAAACCCUCAAGAGGACGAGUCAAACACUAUGCCGCAAGGCCUCAACGUCCCCGGGGUGCCGACAGCUGAGAAUCUUGUCCGAUCCUACGAGUACGCGUCGUAUGAUCCACCAACGUACAACUGGUUCGUUGACAUCGUAGUGGACACAUUCUUAUCAAAACCCUUUCUUGUCUAUCUCACGAUAUUGCUCUACUGCGCCGCAGCAUUUAUGGGAGCACUCGGACUAAACUACACGUUUGCGAUUCUGUAUCGCCUGUUCGUCCCACCGAUCCCCAACGCCAACAAGGUUCUGCAGCCUUUUGCGUACUUUGCCAUAUUCUUCUACAUCAGUUUCGUGAUUGUCACAGUGCUCUGCGUGCUGAUGGACAUGGUGCGCAACCUAUGGAUGUUCAAACGUGACGACGUUAUUUUUUGGGGUAUGUCGCACCGGUACUUUUCCAAGCGCAAGCCGCCCUACGUUGUGCUUCUCCUCAUCAUUCUUGUCGCUGUUUUUCUGCCGCUUCUGUGGGGGAUCAUUGAAGCUGGGGCCAAGAGGCAGUCGCUUGUGUACGUUGCACAGCGCUACGCGUUCGUGGCUGUGUUGGCGGCAACGUUCCUGGUUGUCAUCUGCUACCUUUGGUUCUACUGGAGGGCGCUGGUGUACAAGUGGUCAUCCAUCAGGAAGCGAGCCGAGCGCGACGACUUUGAGCUUCGCCGGCGUGCGUACAAGCACAAACCCGAAAAGAUGAACAAGGUACACUGGUAUCAUGCAUCUACAGUGCUGGAGGAGUUUGGCAUGGAUAGAGAAACGCUGCUGUACAACUCUGUAGUCUUUACCAUCGGCUGCGUACCGCUGUUUGCCGUGUACGCGGCGCAGGCGCUGAGCACCUUCCCCGGCACGCCGUCGUUGGCCUGGCCAGCAAUCGCGUCGAUUUCGCUGACCUGCGUGUACGUCCUCUCAUGGCUCACGGUACUACGACGCAAGAACCAAUGGGCCAUCUACGUAUCAUUGGCGCUCAUUGUGGUCAUGCUUAUUCUGGGUCUUGGUGGUGGGGCCAUCGGCGGCCGCCCGGCGACGGCGGGCAUCGUCGCCGUUUUCUUCAUUGCAGCGCACGGGAUGGUAUCUCGCAAGCGCAAGCACUCAUUCACCAAAAAGGAACUGCACGCGACUUUGAAGUUGCCAUACAAUGCAUUGGCAGACGAGAAGCCCCAGGGAUGUCGGAUCGACACAUAUCUCUUCUGCUGCCGCAGUCUCUUUCUCGACUACAUGAAGUGCUGCGAUGUCAAAAAGCACUUUGGCUACCGCCACCCCGACGUUGUGGAAGCGGAAAGGAGCUUUAUGAUUAGCCACGUUGCACUCCGCACGGAUCAGAAGGCGUUACUCGUCUGGUGGGUCAUAGUGAUGCUCGCGGUGGCAUUUGUAGUGGCACUCUCGAGGAGCACCCAAUAUCGGUUCACCACACAAAUUGCAAUCGCAGCGAACACGUCUGUCACGGGGAUCACCCCGUUCAUCCCACUCUGUGAGAAGGUGUUCAAUGCCAACGGUAGCGCACCGCUGAGGAUGCUGGACUUGGCCUUUCUAGCAGCGCUGUCGCAUACACAAGGCAACACCGGCGACGCCGACUUCGCCACGUGGUUCUCUAGCAAGCCUUCGCUGCUGCGCAUGUUCCCGGCGGUGAUGCCGUACGCGCCGAGCUUUGCCGUGGAUGAGACGAACAUUUCCUUCUCCGACUACGUUGACGUGUCUAGCAGGUUCCACGUGAUCACGCUGAAUUCGAACAACAGGGGGCUGUCGCUCUUUCGUGACUUAGACGACUGGGGUGAGUCCAUUGCCCUUCAGGCUGCUGGCGCCAUUUCCCCCCUGAUUAACAUAUGGGACGAACAGAGCAGGGGUACAUUUGUACAGAGGGCACGCUUUCUCAAGAAUUGGCUUCCGCCGUCCACCGCUCUGGACACUGUGAAGGCGUACAUAGCUGCGCUCAACAGCUCCGGUGUCUCCAGCGGCAUUUUGAUCGUCGGGGACCAGUUCAGCGGCGGCUACGCGAAGAAGCUCUCCGCCGAGCUGAAUUUGCCCUUCGUCGCCUUCAACCCACCAGGCACGAAGUACAUAAACAACUUCUUGGCAAACGGUACGCAACUCAGUGCGACGCGGAGUCUGUGGUCCUACGUGGACUCACUGGAAGACACCAUCGACACAACCUACUUUUUGUGCAACGCCUCUCUUUCGUCCAACCGCUGCGGCCGGAUCAGCACUGUUGUCGACUAUUUGUUGAGGACCUGCGGUGACCCUGCAGGACGUUCAAUGAAUCAAGUCUAG